CGGAGGGUGUGGGCCCGAGGGCCGGGGCGCUCGCAGGCCAGUCGCGGCUUGUCAGAACGGUCGCUGCCGGAGCGGAGCGGGGCGAGGCUGCGGUGUUCGGUGUCGGCGUUCUGCCGUGCGAGCAAGGAUGAGCGCGCAGAGGACGCAGGGCCAGGGGCAGCGCAGGUAAAGGAGCCACGGUGUGGCCGCCGCGACUGGGCUUCCGGGAACCCGGGUGCUGAAUGGAGAGGACCGAGGCGACGCUGAGCCGCGGCUCGUAGCGGCGGGGCGGCUGCUUGAGCUGCAACUGCCAGAGAGGAUGUGCGGAGCCCGGGCGGCGCGAGGCAGUUGAGAGCCUUCUGGCCCCAGGACGCCGGGGCCCGGGAUGAGUUAACGAGGGCCGCCGCGGGGGCCAAGUUCCUAGGGCUACAGGCCAAGGCGACGGCGCCGCCCGCCCGCCCCUUCCGUGCAGAGGCCGCCAGCUCCUUUCCGCGCCCGCGCUCCCGGCCCCGGAGACCAUGAGGUUCCGCAUCUACAAACGGAAGGUGCUAAUCCUGACGCUCGUGGUGGCCGCCUGCGGCUUCGUCCUCUGGAGUAGCAAUGGGCGACAAAGGAAGAACGACGCCCUUGCCCCGCCGCUGCUGAACGCGGAGCCCCUACGGGGUGCGGGCCAUCUCGCCGCGUCCGUAGGCAUCCGCAGGGUUUCUAACGAAUCGGCCGCUCCUCUGGUUCCCGCGGUCCCGCGGCCCGAGGUGGACAACCUAACGCUGCGGUACCGGUCCCUGGUGUACCAGUUGAACUUUGAUCAGAUGCUGAGGAAUGUCGAUAAUGACGGCACCUGGAGUCCCGGGGAGCUGGUGCUGGUGGUCCAGGUGCAUAACAGGCCGGAAUACCUCAGGCUGCUGAUAGACUCGCUUCGAAAAGCCCAGGGCAUUCAUGAAAUCCUAGUCAUCUUUAGCCAUGACUUCUGGUCCGCAGAGAUCAACAAUCUGAUCUCUAGGGUGGAUUUCUGCCCGGUUCUGCAAGUGUUCUUUCCAUUCAGCAUUCAGCUGUACCCGAGUGAGUUUCCGGGUAGUGACCCCAGAGAUUGCCCCAGAGACCUAAAGAAGAAUGCAGCUCUGAAGUUGGGGUGCAUCAAUGCCGAGUAUCCUGACUCUUUCGGCCAUUACAGAGAGGCCAAAUUCUCACAAACCAAACAUCAUUGGUGGUGGAAGCUGCAUUUUGUAUGGGAAAGAGUCAAAGUUCUUCAAGAUUACACUGGCCUUAUCCUUUUCCUGGAAGAGGACCACUACUUAGCCCCAGACUUUUACCAUGUCUUCAAAAAGAUGUGGAAAUUGAAGCAGCAGGAGUGUCCUGGGUGUGACGUCCUCUCUCUAGGGACCUACACCACCAUUCUGAGUUUCUAUGGCAUUGCUGACAAAGUAGAUGUGAAAACUUGGAAAUCUACAGAGCACAAUAUGGGGCUAGCCUUGACCCGAGAAGCGUAUCAGAAGCUUAUCGAGUGCACCGACACUUUCUGUACUUACGAUGAUUAUAACUGGGACUGGACCCUUCAAUAUUUGACUCUGGCUUGUCUUCCUAAAGUCUGGAAAGUCUUAGUUCCUCAGGCUCCUAGGAUUUUUCAUGCUGGAGACUGUGGUAUGCAUCACAAGAAAACAUGUAGGCCAUCCACCCAGAGUGCCCAAAUUGAGUCAUUAUUAAAUAAUAACAAACAGUACAUGUUUCCAGAAACUCUAGUUAUUGGUGAGAAGUUUCCUAUGGCAGCCUUUUCCCCACCUAGGAAAAAUGGAGGGUGGGGAGAUAUUAGGGACCAUGAACUCUGUAAAAGUUAUAGAAGACUGCAGUGAGAAAGAAAAAUCACAAUUGCAGAAGCAAAAGUGACAGUCUUCUAUUUUUUUAUAUUUGUCUCAAUGGGAUAUACAAUUGAACAAAGGGUAUAGGAACUGGUUUCUGCUUUAAUACACAAACUUCUUGUAAAAGGUGUCCAAAUACAUAGUAAUCCUUUUCAGUUAUGACUGAUUAAAAUUUCAAACAAAUUUUCAUUUUGGGACAUGGGUUUUAAAACUCAGUCUGUAUCUGCUUAAAGGUAAUGAUUAGAUUAUUGAUAAAAA